GCUCUUUACUGUGAUAGUGUAGCCUAAACUGAAUUUCAGGAGAUUAAUGACCUGGGAUCAGCACACUGGACAGCGGUCCUUGACUGUUCCAGCACUCGUAUUUUUCAUAACGCAAAAUGCACGCUGAUGAAAAGAGACGACGCGUCCACCGGACACCCACGAGCGCGUAAAGAACCGCCGUUAAGCACGAGCUAAAUCAUGGGUUUAUGGCACGCGCUGCUGCUUGAAUGCCUGCUCGCCUCGGUAGCCGUCGUUUCUCUCUCAUCCAACUCGCUCUUGCAGCGGUGUUUCUCCCGAAGCUCAGAGAUCCGCGCCUGCGCUCCCGGACUUUUCAUCCUCAACCUGUCCAUGUGCAACAUCCUGUCCACCGUGCGCAAUGUGCCCUGAACGCGGCUCGAGCUCUCCAAGAACCAGAGACCAUUCGGGGACUCGCUUUGCCGUGUAGCGAGCUUUACGGACACUUUUUGGACUACAAACCCUAUGCUGAGCAUGGCUGCCCUGGGUGUGGACCGGUGGGCGGCCGUUGCAUUUCCGCUUACCGACUCAAGCAGUGUGAGACACAAGCACGCGGCCGUGACGCUGGCUUAUGCGUGGGUGCACUCUCUAGCGUUGUCCACGGUGCCCGCGCUUUUCUCGUGGACAGACGCGUGCACCUGCAGCGUGGAAACCGGGUUCGCCGUCUUCUCCAUGGUGUUUCACUGCGCGAGCCUCGCGCUCACGCUGCUCGUCCUCUGCGUCACUUUCAGCCAAAGCAACUCCAAAGGCGGAAUCAAAUCUAAUUAUGCAUCUCUCGCUCUUAGGACUUAUACUGCCUUGAGGCCCUCUUUGGAAGUUCCUACUUGA